UGGCCGCAUCCAGGGACGCGCGACCGAGCUGGGGCGAGGCGGCAGGACGAACCCCAGAGGGGAGGGGACCCCAGACCCAGAGCGACCUCCUGAACUGAAGCAAGACUGCAAUCAGAGCCGUGGAAGCAGAGCCCCGAUCCCACCGCGCGCUCGCGCCAGGAUGCUGGCGUCCCAGACACCCUCUCCAGACAGACGAGGCUGUUUUCAACAUCCCUGCUGGAGUGUGGCCUGCACACGUUCCUGAAGCCGCACUGCAAUCCUGGUGGUCCUCUGAAAUGAAUGUUCCCUGGGCGCCCUCUUGUGGGUUGUGGAGGUAACCAUCUGUCAUCGCCAAGCCAUGACAACCAUGCUUCCGCCACACCCACGGCCCGCCUUGGGAAAUGAGACUCUGUUGGCACAUUACAACUAUGUGGGGAAACUGGAGGGUAGACUGCGGGACCCCCCUGAGGACAGCACCCUCACCACCAUACUCUUCUUGGUUGUCUGCAGCUUUAUUGUCUUGGAGAAUCUGAUGGUUUUGAUCGCCAUCUGGAAAAACAAUAAAUUUCACAAUCGCAUGUACUUUUUCAUUGGUAACCUGGCUCUCUGUGACCUGCUGGCUGGCAUAGCUUACAAGGUCAACAUUCUGAUGUCGGGCAAGAAGACAUUUAGCCUGUCUCUGACGGUCUGGUUCCUCAGGGAGGGCAGUAUGUUUGUGGCCCUUGGGGCCUCCACCUGCAGCUUACUGGCCAUCGCCAUUGAGCGGCAUUUAACCAUGAUCAAGAUGCGGCCCUACGAUGCCAACAAGAAACACCGAGUCUUCCUCCUGAUUGGGAUGUGCUGGCUCAUUGCCUUCUCCCUGGGUGCCUUGCCAAUUCUGGGCUGGAACUGUCUGCAGAACUUUUCUGACUGCUCAACCAUCUUGCCCCUCUAUUCCAAGAAGUACAUCGCCUUCUGCAUCAGCAUCUUCAUAGCCAUCCUGGUGACCAUCGUCUUCUUGUAUGCCCGCAUCUAUUUCCUGGUCAAGUCUAGCAGCCGCAAGGUGACCAAUCACAGCAACUCAGAGCGCUCCAUGGCCCUACUGCGAACUGUGGUGAUCGUGGUGAGUGUGUUCAUCGCCUGCUGGUCCCCCCUCUUCAUCCUCUUCCUCAUUGAUGUGGCGUGCAGGGUAAAGGAGUGCCCCAUCCUAUUCAGGGAUCAGUGGUUCAUCAUGCUGGCUGUCCUCAACUCUGCCAUGAACCCUAUCAUCUACACAUUGGCAAGCAAGGAGAUGAGGCGUGCCUUCUUCCGGCUCAUCUGCAGCUGCCUGGUCAGGCGCAAGGGGGCCCGGGCCUCACCCAUGCAACCUGCUCUUGACCCAAGCAGAAGCAAAUCAAGCACUAGCAACAACAGCAAUCAUUCACCAAAGAUCAAGGAAGAACUACCCCACACAGCCACCUCUUUCUGCAUCACUGACAGAAACCGAACACUUCAGAAUGGGAUCCUCUGCAAAUGAGCGUCUCCAUGGGACCAGCUGUGCAGCCAUGCUCUUAUUUAUUGCAUGUGUCCCUUCCAUGUGGGCCCUUAAAAAGCUUGACUUGGGAAAGCUGUUGCCCAAGAGCCUGCCCAGUGUGGAAAUCUCCCGAGAAGGGGGCCCCAAGAACUACCAACCCAUUUCAAUGUAGAUGAUGUGCCCUGGCUGCUUCAGGCCCCAGAAUCUUCCGCAUGUACUAAGCUGCUGACACCAUCCAUUGCCUUCCAUGGAGUCCUGGACACCACCUGCUCUUGUCCCCAGGGAGGGAAGAUCAUACUGCACAGUGCACAGGGUGUUCAUUCCUCUGUAGGCCUCUGGAUGAUAUUCUGAUAACUUCACACUACAUUUAUUAUGCAUAAAGAAUAGGUGCUCAUAUAUUUGUCCAUUUUGGUUGCGUCUGAGUUGUGUUCCGGGCCUUUGCAGAUAGAGCCCACAGAAAGUCUCAGUACUGGACACAGUACUGAGUGAUUGUACAGACAUACCCUGACUGCAGCCCCGGGGUCAAGGACAGGGUGUGGAUAGGCGGGCACUCCACUGCACGUCUCCACAGGCUGAUAUAAAGUCUUGGAAUAAGCACGUUUUUUAAAGGCCCAGAGUCCACAGAAAGGCUUUUCUGAGUCCAGCCCAGAUGUAUGAGUCUAACCAAACUCAAUCUGGAUUCCUUCCUUUGUGUAUUCCCUGUGUGUGAUUGUUUUGGGGCUGUCUGCAAAACACAGAAAAGCCAGCCAGGAUCUUUCAGGACUCUGGGGAGACCACCAAAGAAAAAAGAACUAUGAGUCUGCUUACUGUAAUGAAGAGCUUCCAAAGGAGAGGUUUACAAGAUACCACUAUGGUUCUAGAUCAUGUUUGAUUCUAUAUCACAAAAGCACAGUCUCCAUGCUGUGAGGAGCUUGGCCAAGGAACUGAGGCCAUCAGCAGUUUCCCAGCUUUCUACAAAAGCAAGCCUUGACCGUGACUGCUCUUAAGAAUUGCAGAUUGUCAGGAAAUGUAACCUGGCCAUUUCUGUCUUCUUCAUAGAGCUGACCUGUUGUAAGUCUUACAUGAUAUACUGUAAGUUUAUUUUUCAGUUGAUCCUGUAUUGCUCUGAUGACCUUAUAAAGAGAAAGCAAAACAACCUCUUGUAUGAGCUCCUUGCCCAGGAGUGUGAAUGCAAUACAUGGAUGAGAAGUAAACACAAACAUAGAUCUAGUGCAUACCCGCCAUUACUGUAUUGAGCUCUUUGUGACAACACAGACAAAAACAACCUUCAAUAGGAUUCUCAUUUGGGUGAGCCUCAUAGCAAAGCCCCUUGAAGUUUUAGAAACUCUGUGAGAAUUUUGUCUUAUUAAAAGGAUUUAAUAAGACAGAAUAGUCAUGACACAUGAAUGACUUCUAGAAGAAAUUCAUGCCUAGAUGUUGCCUGAUGUAAGUUACUCUUAUUUAGGAACUUUCCAUUGAGUCUUGACUAACUUCCACGUAUUUACCAAAGACUUAUAUAAUUUUUGUUUGUGAUGAGAAUUUACUAGUCAAGAAAUACUCUAGGGGGUAUAUAUUGUUGCCUUGUAGCCUGAGAAAAGCCUAGGGCAGUUCUAUGGAAGCAUUCAGAUGAGAAAAAGAAAACGUGAAAAGAAAGCAUUCAGAAGUCAAGACACAUUUUCUCAUGAGACAUGAAAUUAGAACUUUAUCUGGCAUGUUUCUGAGUUGCAUUGGAGGCCUUGGAUCUCUGUUAUUAAUAUUAAUUAGUACCACUUUGCCUAUAAUCCAGACUUCUCCAUAUGUACCAAUGUCAUUCAUUAGUCCUUAAGGAGCCACACCCAUCAUUCUCACCAGGGAGUGCCAUGUUUGUGGCAUGGCGUAAGAUCCUUGGCAAUAUCACAAAACUUUCAAGCAAUUGAAAUUUCAAAUACACUAAAAUUUUUAUUUGCUUAUAUGAUAUAUGCAAAAACCAAUCACAUUUGCUACCCAUAUGCACUUUUCUAACUAGCCAGGCAGUAAAGAGAUACUUUAGAAGUUAACCAUGCCAAAGCCCUUAUCUUGAAGGUUGGAAACAGGAGCUCUUAAAUGCCUCAGAGAACCUACACAUUAGACCUCAUUGCAAGUAGCAAUGUUUGUUUUCUAGUAUGUGUUUGUUAAAUAAAACCAAAAAGUUUUUCUAUAAACCCA